GAACGGCAGCCGUGAGCUCCUCAAACAGCCGGAGGACGAUUCAGUGCCACCCACUGGCUGUUGCCGGUGCUGUUCCAAAUUCUGUCUGCCAUGCCGCCGUUUGCGUUGCUCGCGCUGUUGUCGUCGCAAACCGGGCAAGACCGGCGAUGAGAGCGAGGAGCCUGUGCUCUCGGCAACCAGCAGCGCCUCAACCACCAACCUCGAAGUCAUCGAUGAAGCGCGCCACAGCGCAGACGGCAAAACCAAGUCGAGUUGCUGGCAAAAAUUGAACUGUUGCAAGAAUUGUCGGAAGCAGCCCAAAAUAGGCACCGACAGCACUGAUGAGCAAGCGAAAAUGACGGCUAUUGGUAAGACAGAGACUGCGGCAGCGGCAGCGGCAGCUGCUGCCGCCACCACAACACCACCCAAAGAGGGUAAAUGCGGACUUUGCUUGAGCAAAUUGUUCUGCUGUCGGCGCGUCAACAAAGUGGAUCCCACAACGGGCGACGAGACAGAGUUGAAGAAGUGCUGUUUCUGUAUUCCUUGUCGGCGUAAGAAGGGCGGCCGCGGCGCUUCAAUCGGUUCCACAGUUUCGCGAGGUAGCUCCGUGGCCUGGCAAGAUCCGGAAACUGGUAUAGCGGCCACUGAUGCAUCGGUGGUGGAGGGCGCCAGCUCUCCAGAAAUGCUGCCGCCACAGGGUUGUUGCAAACGCUUUUGGAACAAACUACUGUGCUGCCGACGCAAUAAAGUGCCGAAACCAAGCGAAAGUCGACGGGCUAGCAUGAAAGCGCCGCCGCCACCGAGUGAGGAUACACGGCGAAAAUUGCACGUCGACCUGGUUGAGUAUAACUCGAAAAUGAAGGGCGCUAUUCCGGUGUUGCCGCUUUCCUUGGCCUGGUUUUGCGUUAUCUGCAACACCAUUUUUCCUGGAUUGGGCACUUUGUUCUCUGGCAUUUUUUGCCUGUGCGUCGGCAUUCCACGCUUCUCGCAAUAUGACAGCGCUAAGGCGCGCUUCGGUUCCUUCAUUAUCAACAUCAUUGUGGCUGUGGCGCAAUUGUUUUGCGUGCUCUUCUGCUUUGUGGGCUGGGGCUGGUCCAUCUGGUGGGGCACCAUUAUGCUAAAGUGUGCAAGAAAAUUAAGCAAAAUCAAAAAGGUUGAGCGUUUAGAAAUGGAAGAGGAGCGUCGUCAAGCAGAGGCGGCAGCAGCAGCAGCAGCAACUGCGGCAAGAGUGGCUGCCAACGCUGGCGUCGGUACCGCGGCGGCGGCGCCGGCGACAACAGAGAGCGCGACAUAAAAACGCAGGCGGAUGAACAAACAAAGGGCGUAAUGGAAAUUUUGUUUU